GACGAAGAUUGUUUCCAAGUUUUCUUCAACUGCUCAACUUCUCCGGCAAUAGACUGUCAUCAGAAAGAGAACGGCGUCGUUUUAUAAUCGUGAUUUUCCUUCUCAAUCUGUUGGUCCUCUUUUACUGCUAUGUUAGCCUUACCUCGAGCCUCGUCGCGACAAUAGUCUCUUGCUCCUCUGAUUUCUCUCUGCUCGUCAACGCGCACUGGUUUUUGAGCUGGUGAAACAAUGGGUAGUUCAUUUAAUGCUCAGAUAUUAGUUGAGAAGCUUGCCAAACUCAACAAUUCUCAAGCAAGCAUAGAGACUUUAUCACAUUGGUGUAUCUUUCACAUGAACAAGGCGAAACAUGUUGUAGAAACAUGGGGCAGGCAGUUUCAUUGUUCCCCGCGUGAGCAACGAUUGGCGUACUUGUACCUUGCGAAUGACAUCUUGCAGAACAGUAGGCGAAGAGGUUCAGAGUUUGUAGGUGAGUUCUGGAAAGUACUACCCGAGGCUCUUCGUGAUGUGAUUGAAAAUGGUGAUGAAUUUGGCAAAAAAUCUGCACGUCGAUUGGUUAAUAUAUGGGAAGAAAGGAAGGUUUUUGGAUCUCGUGGGCAAAUUCUCAAAGAAGAGCUUCUGGGAAAGCAGCCUGAAAAUGGAACCAGAAACGGAAAUCUUGUGCCACUUAAACUUUCUGUUCAACAGAAACAGGCAAAUGGAACUCCGCUGGAGAGAGUAGUGUCUGCUGUUGAAGCUCUUCAUGGCGCUCAGAUUGAUGAGGAUGUUAUUGUUGGAAAAUGUACUAAUGCUGCUGGUUACCUUGAGAAAACAGCUCAGGAGGUUGAGAGGGAUCUGAGUUCAGGACACACCACUAGCCCCACGGUGGUAAAGGAGGUGCAAGGACAACAUGCCAUACUAAGAGACUGCAUCGAACAGCUAGGGGCAGUGGAGACAUCCAGAACAAGUCUUGUUUCUCACUUGAGAGAGGCUUUACAAGAAGAGGAACUCAAGCUGGAGCAAGUCCGUAACCACCUUCAGAUUGCUCGGUUUCAAUCAGACCGAACUGGUGACCUCUGCAAACAGCUUCUAGACCAUGGUGGUAGUUCACAGCCUCCUGCUACAGAAGAAGACGAGUCAAAAGAAGCCAUCAAAGUUUCAUCCGCUGCAGCACCACCACAAACCAUCACACACAGCGAUGUGGAACAAUCUGCACCGGUUAUGUUUGCUUCGAACCCACCAACUCAAUCAGUGGUAGACCCAAGGAAAACCGCAGCCGCUGCAGUUGUAGCUAGGCUAACCGCAUCAACCUCCUCGGCCGAGAUGCUCUCCUACGUUCUCUCCUCUUUAGCCUCCGAAGGCAUCAUCGGAAACAACCAACCUGCUGUAACAGAAACACCGUCGUCCAGCGAUUACCCGCCAGAGAAAAGACCCAAGCUUCAAAACCAUGAACAGUCCUAUCUCCAACCUCACCAACAGAACACUGCAACAACAUCCACAGCCACCACCUCUGCAUCACCGCUUCCGCCACCACCACCACCACCACCGUUCCAGCUUCAACCUCAGUUCUUGCAGCCGUUACAGCCUCCCGGGCCUGUAAAUCCCACGCCAUUCAACUACACCAUAGCAACCACUUCUGCGACUACGCAGCACCAACAACAACAACAAGGUUCUUGGGUUCCUGGGCUCACUCCAGUUCCAACAACCUCUGCACCAUCCGACAAUUCAUACCAGAAGCUUCAGGGACAAGAUGGUUUUUAUGGCAUUAACUCAUCGGUCUCUAUGACACCUGUUACUCGGCAGUAGAGGAAUCUGUAUUAGGG